GUUUUAAUUAAAUUCAUGGCAUUUGUAGAAGUGAUUUUGCUUGUUAGGUGGAGCUCAUCUAAGCUAAGAAAAUGUGUCAAAUCCUUGCAUUUUAAUGAUUUCCUUGUGUUGAGUGUAAUGCUUUCAGGGCUUGUCUGUGCACACAUGGAGCGCACUGAGUGUCCUUUUUCUUGGCUGUUUGCUUUUGUCAAGCAAGGUUUGAUGGGUUUUGUGGUUAACGUCACUCGGGUGAUUGUGUGAAACUCUGCUGUUGAAAAUUUAAUGAUUUUUCAGUCUUACGAAACUCUUGCGUAAUCCCAUCAGUGAUCUGAAAAAUGCAGGCAUGUCCUUUUUUUCCCUCUAUUUGUGCAAAAAUGAUUUGUAAGCUGAGACUGCUUCUGCUCUGACACAUUGACGACUUGAAGAUAAAGUUCAGUGACUCAGUCUUUCCCAGGCUGCUUCCUCCCCGUUUCCUUAUUUGAAUAUAACUACACUGUUGUGACCCCUCCUGAAUCCAGAAUGAUGAUUAACCAGGGAGACAUGUCACGUCCCAGAAGCUUCAUUGUUUUAAUGACUUGCUCCCACAAAUUAUUCAGGGCAGUGAAGCUGUUUUGCAUUUGGAUGGCCUAUUUUAAGAUCAGUUUGGCAUCUCUUAGUUGGAGUGGAAUGUGUUGAUUUAUUUGGGUUGACCUUAAUUUCUCUGAAAUUGUAUUGUCAUUAUUUAAUUCACUGCCGUAAAAAAAGUGUGGAUAAAGUGCUGAGUUCUUUAGAAACAGAAAUUUGUAAAAAUUGUGGAUAUUAAAGGGAUGGAUCAGGUUGUAUAAAGGAUUUUGGACAUUUUCAGAGUCAGAUGGUGUGUUCUUAUCUGAUUCUUCUGUGAUAAAAUACCAGAUGAGGGCGGCUUCGUACACACAGUAAAUUGUGCAUACAGAGAUGAAAGGGGGGGAAAAAACAAGGGGUCAUUGUGGGACAUCUGCAUGUGGUCAUCUUGACCUUUUGUAUAAGCUUCUCAUAAUAGGAGCUUUGAGUUUUUCACAUGGUAUUAUAUGGAUGACAAAUUAAAGGAAAACCAACAUUAAGAGUCAUUUUAAGGUGUUGAGCCAUCCAAGUGCCACCAAAAUGGCUUCAGUGCCCCUUGGAUUUGAUUCUCCUAGACUCUGUAACUUCACUGUUAAAGCAGAGCACCGUCAUUUUGUGUUUUUGAUCAUGGCGAUGUCUGUCAUAUUUAUUUAAGAAAAGGUUGUUUGAUUAGAUUGAGAUCUGGUGGGCGUGUAGGCCAUUCCAAGAUAUGAGCCUCUUGAUUGUCACCCAGGAAGACGCUGCUCUCAUUGGUUAAAAAUAUAUUUGCCUGUUAGUAAAUGAGUGGAAUCAAACAAUGCCAAUUUCCACCGGUGGAAGUGCAUCCAAAGCCAACUAUUUCUUGCUGCGUGCAUCAUUUGAGAGAGGAAAAUAGUCUGAUCUCUUUAUUCCAUGACCUAAAAAAAAAGUUAUAUUUCAGAUGCAAGGACAGAUCACAACUGUAGUAGAAGAUCCUUUCCUAUUACAACAAUAGAAGGAAUCAGAAGACCACUAACAGGAAGGUCAGUAGUUCAGUCCUCAGGUCUUCCGGUCCACAUAUUGAAGGAUCCUUGGGCAAGCUACUGAAACCCAAGUAACUCCCAACACAUCCGUCUGUAUAUGAGUGAGUGUGCUCUAGAGUACUACUGUAUGAAUUUGGGCAUGUCAGCUUGUAUUAAAAAGCCCUUUAAGUGGUCCAUUUGACUAGAAAACCUCAAUAUAUAUGUUUGUUCAGUUGAACAGACUAGGCAAGACAAAAUGUGUCAAAUGUCCCGUUAAAGAAUAAAGUUUUUUUUUUAAAGUUAAAAAAGAUGUGUUUGAAAAGUUCUGGGAAACAUUUUUGAAGUUGUAGAGGUUGAAUGUAAUGUAAAGUCAAUCUGUAAUGUUGCAAAUACACAUUUAGAUGUAGAGAUGUAGAUAUUAAGUUAGGGGAAAUUUGAUAUUAACAGACAGCAAACACCAAUGUAAGGUAAUAAUCAACAAAUGGCUGCAUUCUGCCUAAAGGAACAGACUGUAUACUUUUUCCUGUCAAACCUGUUAGUAGAUAUUUAGGAGCUUAAAUAUAUGUGUCGUUUGGGGGAGGGGUGUUGGAUUUACUCACAAGAGUUAUUAUUAUUUACACACCCUGAAUAAACGUUGUUGUUGUUUGUUUGUUUUUUGCAUUGAAAGCAGUUGGAAUUAAAUAUUUCAGUUAUCCUAAAAUGGACGCGUCGACAGUUUGGUUAAUGUCUUUAAUAUUCCUCACUUAGUUUAAUUAAGGCUGUUGUUGUGCUGUCUGGCUGGAAGCCUCACAGUAGGCUGCCUAAAAAUCAAUGGGAAUUUUGGACGCGUCCAUCUCAACGAUUUAAGGGUCAAAAGCCACCUUUAUUUCUCUAUCUGCUGUGUCAUCAGCGGUUUGUAAUUACACAUAUUAUUGGAAUAUCAGUAUUAGUUUCAUUAAAGUUAAGUUUAGAAACUGUUGUUCGAGUUGGUCUUUAUUUAUCUAAAUUAGUUUGGACCUAACCCCACCCCUCCCAGGGGGUCCUACUUGGUACAAUCUGAACCAAGCUAGGAGCUGUCGGCGCUAAUUUUUUACUCUGGAUUCACGAAGUCUGUGUGUUUUGUGAGUGAAGUGAUUCACUUAAAGUGAAACAUUCAGGACUUUUACUUUUUCAAGCUUCUAAUUUUUUUUAAAAUUCUUCACAACUUGUGGCAGAUGUGCCACCGGAAACGCCUAACUAGUCGUAGUUUGGUUUGAAUCCUCGGUACCACUCUCGGACAGUUCAAAGUGCGUGAUGCCAGUAAACGGCGGGGGGCUGCUCUCUCUGAGCAGAUACGCUACUCAGUAUUUAACAAACCCGGUCAUGGAGGAGACCGUGUGGGAGCAAUACACCGUGACCUUGCAUAGGGAUUCGAAGAUGGGCUUUGGCAUUGCUGUAUCAGGAGGGCGGGAUAACCCAAACGAGGACACUGGCGAGACGUCCAUCGUGGUAUCUGAUGUCCUGCAGGGAGGGCCAGCUGAUGGAUUGUUGUUUGAAAAUGACAGAGUGGUGCAGGUGAACGCCAUCCCCAUGGAUGGAGCCAUCCACUCGUUCGCUGUCCAGACCCUCAGGAAGUGUGGCAAAGUAGCAAAAAUUACAGUCAAAAGGCCCAGAAAGGUUCCAGUCAAUGUGCUCAAUCGUCAGCCAUCACCUGACGACAGAGUCUUCAACAAUGACUACAAUGAUGACUACAACUAUGAUCAGGACCGACGUAGCGUGUACAGCGCUAGGAGUGGCGGAGGCCGGGACCAAAGCCUGGAGAGGGAGCGAGGCGGCUACAUGGACUCCGGCUACCACACACGUGAUCGUGACUAUGACCGGCGGGAACGUGGCAGGAGCACAGAGAGAGACCUCAGCCCGGACCGCCAGUACCGGCGAGAUGGCAGCAGAGGGCGCACUUUGGAUAGAGAGUACAGCCCAGAUCGCCGCUAUAAGAGCGAGCAUGCGCUUGACCGUGACUACAGCCCAGACAGAAGGUACCGCAGCGACCGCACAUUAGACCGAGAUUACAGUCCUGAUCGGCGUUUCCGCAGCGAUCGAGCCCUCGACCACAGCCCCGACCGACGCUACCGAAGCGACCGAGCCCUGGACCGCAACGAGAGCCCCGAUCUGCGCUACAGGCGUGACAGUCCAGGACGAGGCCGCGGCCGCGAUCAAAGCUACGAUCGAGGACUUGACCGCAUCGCAAAUGAGCCGCGGAAAUAUGACGAGCCAAUAAAGCGAAGUGCAAGCAGGGACCGCCUUGAACGCACACCGUCACCUGCUGCCGUGCCCCUCCCUCUGCCACGCCCUGCCCGGGACCUGGAGCCGCUGGAGAAACCUGUGAAUGUGCUACUGCUGAAAAACCAUCCCAACGAAGAAUAUGGCCUUCGUCUGGGCAGCCAGCUCUUCAUCAAAGAGAUGACCAGCACAGGACUUGCCAGCAAGGAUGGAAACCUGCAGGAAGGGGACAUUAUUCUGAAGAUUAAUGGGACUGUGACAGAAAACCUGUCUCUCAGCGAUGCCGGGAAGCUGAUUGAGAAGUCCCGUGGGAAGCUACAGCUGGUGGUGCAGCGAGACAGGAAGAAGAUCCUGGUCCGAAUCCCGCCAAUGGUCGACAGCGACUCGGAGCUCGACGAUAUCUCUGAGAUCGAGUCGUACCGCUCCUAUUCUCCACAGGAUGACAGACGGGCCCACCACUCUGACCUCUCCUCCCAUUCCUCCAAUGAGAGACUUCGAGACAAGCCCAGAGAGGAACCGCCUAGCAGGCUGGCAAAAAUGGGUGCCAUGCCGACCCCAUUCAGAGGUGCCGACAGAGACGUUGAAGAUAAGGCUGCUUUGCACGCAGAGAGGGAGGAGCCACGCUCCGAGACACCACCAGUACCAGCUGCCAGUGUCGCCCCAAAGGUUCACGCUCCCCCUAAAGUGCCACUAAAGCCAAGUGCAGAAGACCUGGAAAUAUACGGGCCGAACACGGUGAUGGUGCGUUUCCAGAAAGGUGACAGUGUGGGUCUGCGGCUGGCGGGAGGAAAUGAUGUCGGCAUCUUUAUCGCCGGUGUUCAGGAGGACAGUGCAGCAGAGCAGGAGGGUCUCCGGACAGGAGAUCAGAUCAUGAGGGUGAACAACAGAGACUUCAGAGGCAUGGUGCGUGAAGAUGCUGUUCUCUACCUCCUGGAGAUUCCUAAAGGAGAGGAAGUUACCAUUCUUGCACAGAGCAAGCCUGAAGUGUAUAAAGAUGUCUUAGCAUCUGGCAGAGGCGACUCCUUCUUCAUUAGAACCCACUUUGAAUAUGAGAAGGAGGCCCCGCAGAGCCUUCCUUUCUCCAGGGGGGAGAUCUUCAAAGUGACGGACACACUCUAUGAUGGCAAACUCGGCAACUGGCUGGCAAUCCGUAGUGACAAAAACAACCAGCUGUUAGAAAAGGGAAUCAUCCCCAACAAGAGCAGAGCAGAGCAAAUGGCUAACGUCCAGAAUGCUGCACGGGCUGCAUCGGGCAAUGACAGAGGAGACUUCUGGAGGAUGAGGGGCCAAAGAGCUGCAAAGAAGAAAGAUUUGCGCAAGAGUCGAGACGACCAGGGCAACGUUCCGGUUACACGCUUCCCCGCCUACGAGAGAGUGGUAUUACGUGAAGCUGGUUUCAGGAGACCGGUGGUGAUAUUUGGGCCCAUUUCUGACGUAGUUAACGAAAAACUGGCUACUGAACUUCCUGAUCAGUUUGUCAUUGCUAAAACUGAGCCCAAGGAUGCAGGAAGUGAGAAGUCCUCGGGGGUGGUGAGAUUGAACUCUAUCCGGCAAAUCAUUGAACAGGACCGUCACGCUCUGCUGGACGUGACUCCCAAAGCUGUGGACACCCUGAAUUACACUCAGUGGUACCCCAUCGUCCUUUUCCUGAACCCUGACAGCAAACAAGGUCUGAAGACCAUGAGAAACCGCCUCAUACCCGGAUCCAACCGCAGCGCACGCAAACUGUAUGAGCAGGCCCUUAGGCUGAAAAAGAGCUGUUCACACCUUUUCACGGACACCAUCGACUUGAACUCGGCCAAUGACGCAUGGUAUGGCAGUGUGAAAGAUUUAAUUCGGGAGCAGCAAGACAAAGCUGUGUGGGUGUGCGAGGGCAAGGUGGAUGGUUCAGAGGAGGACCUAGAUCUCCAAGACGACCGCAUGUCCUACCUGUCGGCAAUGAGUGACUACCUCAGCAUGGACAGCCGGAUGACCAGCGACUACGAUGACACAGCGGACGAGGGCGGGGCGUACACUGACAAUGAGCUGGACGAGACACUGGAUGAACCCCAGCCCGUGUCGGCCAUCAGUCGAUCAUCAGAACCUGUACUGCCCGACGAGCGGCCUCACCCUGAACCCCGUGUACGUAUGAGAAGAGAGGUGAACAGAGAGCCAAGCCCUCCCCCUUCUUUCGUCCCUGAACCCCCAAAGGUUCGUGCUCAGACUCGAACUGACUCCACACGAAGCUACGAGUCACACUCCAGCAGCACCAUCAGCAGCGACGCAGUGGGCGGAAACAAGCCGCCUCCCCCUCCCGUGAAGCCUGUGAAGCCCACUAUCGCCCGCCAACCAGUGAACCAGUCGUCAGAAGAUCAGAGUCCGGGGAAAGACGACGAAGCGGAGGACCCCGCCAACAAAUCCUUCCUGGGCAAGAAAAUGGGUGACCAGAUUAAAGCGUUUGAGAAGAUGGACCAUCUGGCAAGAGCUCAGAGGCUCCUGGAGCUACAGGAGGCAGAAAACGCUCGAUUGGAAAUCGCCCAGAAGCAUCCAGAUCUCUACGCUGUCCCAGUGAAGCUGCCAAAACCCAACCUCAGCCGUCCUCAGCCAAUAGGUUCAAGCUCCAUCCCCGAGCCACAGACUCCCUCCAGGCCGCCGUACUCUGAGUCGAGAGGACACGAGGACGACGAGGACGACUACCGCCGCCAGCUGGCCGACCAGACCAAGAGAGGAUAUUACAACCCCCAGAAAUACAAAGACACUGAGCUGUAAGGCUGGGAAAGCAGGAAGUGACAUCAUCACCGAUCAAAACUCUUCGAACUUCUUGUCGUGUCGUCAGUUUCAGACACUUUUCGCGUCCCUUGUUGUGCAGAAAGCGUGGUGCCCCACGCACACAAACGCACACAGAUAUCUGGUCUACCUUUGCCACUCGCCGUUACAGAAACUGUGCACAGCUGAUGUUUCAAUGUAAAUAUUCUGUUGGUGUCUGUGAUCUAUAUUUUAUUUUCCCGCCUUUAUUCCGGGACUCAGUUUGUGCCUACCGUGUGUCACCAUCACACAGUAAAACGCCCAAUGUUUGGAAGGAUAAGAAGCAUAAAAGAAAUGUAAACACGUCACUUGAAGCCAUUUCAAACAGCUGGAGACGUCACAUUUUUAUACUCCCUUUUUGAACAGAAGAAAAAUUCAUGAACUUAAAACACAGCAAUGCAAAUUAACUAUAAUGGCGCAAUUGUGUCCUAAAUUUAAGGUUCAUGCUCUGCUGCUUAGGUCCUCUGCAGGUGGGACACAAAAGUAUGAAUACAUGAAGUGAAACUUGAAGAACAGUCGAGGCCAAAAGUUUGGCAGUGGCACAAAUUUUUUUUCAUUUAGAAUAUAUAUGUGAUGCGCUUUGAAUACUUUUACUGGUAAAUUUAUGCAAAGAGUGAGUAUUUGCAGAUCUGCCCAUUCUUCAUAACAUCUGCUGUUUUCUGUGGUUUGCUGGGUAUCAGCUUCUGGGCCAAAUCCUGAUGGAUGGUGAUGUGUUUCUGUUGACCUUUGAGUCUUGAUGGGUUGACAUCACUUUUGCCUUGUGACAUGGUGAAAAUGCACCAUGUUAUUUUCACCAUGACAUGGUACAUACAGCAGCAAUCGUCACCAAAUUGCUGCUGUAUGAGCUGUUUGUUGUUUGUUUUUUUUGUUUUUUUGUUUUUUAGUAUGGUCAAUCCUUACAAAGUGAGUUGACAAACAGGCAGAAGUCAGGAUUUGGACCAGGAGUCAAUGCUCAGCAACUUCAAACUUCAAUACAUUCUGGAGCGGCAAAGUGUGACAAGCACAAAAUUUCUGCUACUACCUAAACGUUUGACCAUGACUGUAGAAAGAUUGUUGUAUCACAAUAUGAAAGUCCCCGGUUUGAGCUUGCUGGCUGGGGCCUUCAGGUGGGUGUAGACUCUCUUGGAAAGCUCCGGUUCCAGGGGUUGACUGUGUUUUCUGGCGCCACCAGUCCAGGGUAUACCUGCCUGUCCUCGAGUGAUGGAUGGAAUAGUCUCAAGAAAUCAUAAUAAAAAAGUUUUUCAGGUUUUCAUAAUUAAACAAUGUGAAGCAACAGAAAUAGCUGUUGAUCCCACUGAGUUGCCGAAUACCAUCAGUGCUGCGCGUGGAGCAGGUGCAAACCUUUUGGACACAAUAAAAAUGUAAAAUUAAAACCAGCUAAAAACACUGUAAAAGUACAACUAAUGCCUGUUAUUGAUACACCGUGCAGUUUUUUUACAUUGUGAUGGUGAAUACACGAGGCUGAAACUGAAGCGAGCAAACGCCCAAAUCACUGUUACAGUUCUGUGGACUGCACCUCAGCUUUUUCACCAAUUUUGUGCGUUUUUGUGAGGCGCCACAUGCUUCGGGCACGCUCCUCUGGUGUUAAUUGUCCUCUAAUCGCACCUCCCCUGCUGAACUACACAUUCCAAAGUGGACGCCUGCGUCUGCAGCACGCCGCUGUGUGAGCUGUGCAGUCUGGGAAGCAGCUUAUUCUCAAGUGCCUUGCAGCUCUGAUUUCAGCUCGGGAGAUAAAGGCUUCUACCUAAAAAGCACUUGUUUUGUUUUAACUGCUGUUGUAAACUGAACCAAGCAGAGGUUGGAAAGUAUUUUCAGUACAGUUACUGCACACUGUCGAAAUACACGAGUAGAUUUAAACUGGAAACAUCUUUCCUUUGUUCUUUGCUUUUGCUUUAGAAGAGCAUUGCAGUCACUGAAGAGAUGCGAAGUCAGAAAUAGGAGAUUCAGAUGGAUUGCAUGAAUGCAGCAUCUGUAUCUCAUCAUUGCAUAAUAAUUACCAAAAGAUUGCCCCCCCCCCCCUUUUUUUUUUUUUUUUUUUUUUUUUUAAUUUAGGACUUUGGCAAAUGCAGGGCUCUUGGAUAAGAUGGGGAAGCUGUGCAGCUGCCUGUUUAGCAUUUCUGUGUUAGACCAGCGUGUAAAUGACGUCACAGAUUUCAUUAAAAAGUGUAUCACGAGCGAGGCGUUCAGACAACUUGUGAUUGAGCUAUGUUUCUUUAUUAGCUGCUGGCAACCAGAGACAAUCACAUUUUUAUUUUAUUUUUUUAUUGCUGAUGCUUUUUUUGUUGAAAAUUUUGAAUAUAUAUUCAUACACUUGAUUCAGUUCAGUGUUUGUGCACUACUGUUUGGGGAAUGUGGUGACAAUCAUGUUGGUUUAUCAGUCUCUCUUAAAUGUUAUUUUAUGAUUUGCUUGUUUUGUCUCCUGAGUGUUACACAACAGUCUCUUGGGAAAAUCUAAUAAAUGUUUUUUUUGUUUUGUUUUUUUUACACAAAGUCAU